AUGAAGCCCACGACCACCCCCUCGCAGCUUCCUAUCAGACCUCUCCAAGGUGCGGAGGAAUCUCCUACUUCCUGUGCCUUGAACUGGGACAGAAGGCCGCAUAUCGGCAAAGCAGACAGCGACUCUCUGGAUUUUGGAGAGCGGACCACCUUUGACGCCUUGGAAGCCGAGGUGCAGCGCGGCUGUGAAAAGUGCACCGUGAUUUACAAAGGCAUCCAGUUCUACCGGCCAGAGUUUGAGGGGAGAGCAGAAGCAGCAUUCAUACAUCAGACUGACAGCGGAAUAACAUGUAGUAUCCAACGAAAGCUGCGGAAGGGUGAAAUGAGUGUUCGGCCGGUGGAUCUUCAGUUCUUUCGCGACGCCGAUCAACUUUGUCAGUGGCUACCAGCUCUGUAUCAUCCCAAGGUGCGCCCAAAUACAGAUUGCCCCGAGACUUUCCAGCAACUGCGCGACUGGAUCAGCACCUGUGACAAAGAUCACGAAUUUUGCUUGGUCUCAUCCACCGUUUCGCUGCCCACCCGUAUUCUGGAUCUUGGAGAGACCGAUGACGAGCAUGCCGAUGUGAAGUUAUGCAAUGGCCAGAAUGAAUCGGGGCGCUAUGCGACGUUGAGCCACUGCUGGGGGGGCUACCAGCCGCUCAAGACGACGAGGAGCACUUUUGACGCCCACAGGGAUAAUAUCCCGUUCCAAGACCUCCCAAAGACAUUUCAGGAUGCGGCAAUUACUUGUCGUAGGCUGGGGAUUCGUUUUCUCUGGAUAGACUCUCUAUGCAUUAUCCAGGAUGACGAUGAGGACUGGCAAACCCAGUCGGCUCAAAUGGCCUCCAUUUACGAGAAUUCUACGUUGACAAUCGCCGCCUCGUCAGCCCAAAAUGCAACUCGAGGGUGUUUUAUCCCUGUGCCCGAUCGGCACGCGGUACAUACAGUGGAUUGGCCCGGAACAUCACAACAAAGCCCGUAUUCCGUCAGUGUCUACCGGUCAUAUCCGCACUUUUCAUUCUGGGAGGAGAAACAUACGCCGAAGCAAGCUCCGCUGCUGAAGAGAGCAUGGUUCUACCAAGAGCGGUACCUCUCACGCAGAGUCGUUCACUUCACCGAGCACGAAUUGGUCUGGGAGUGCCAGACCGUAGCCACCUGCCAAUGCCAAUCAUCUCAUCUCAAACACUUGUCGUCGCCCUCGGCUGGACACACCCCGAUGGAUGUCGUUAAUAGGAAUCAGCUGAGACUCCAACCUAAGCUUCCUGAUAAUGUCAACCCUCGCGAUAAGCGGGACGCCGAUCCUUGGCAUCUCUGCGUGAGAGCCUAUUCUCAGCUCUCAUUGACGUUCCCAAAGGACAUCUUCCCCGCACUGGCCGGCCUGGCAACCAAGGUCCAGCUUCUCAAACCGGGCGCGCGGUACUGCGCAGGUCUGUGGCUCGACCUGAAGAGCAACAACCUGAAUGAUCUAGUAUGGAUCAACGAGGGGAUCCCAAGGACGCGGCAGAAGCGAUGGAGAGCGCCAACGUGGUCCUGGGCUUCCGUCACAGAGUGCUUCCCCUCAUGGGCGGACUGGAUAGACCUGGAUCCCCGCCACACCUACGCAAAGCUCAUCGAGGCCAAGGUCAAACCGUUUGGUUUGGAUCCGAACGGCGAGCUGCGCGAUGGCUUCAUCAGGGUGCAAGGCCCGAUGGCGGCCGGGGUCAUACAGAAGCCCACGCUCUCGAUCCCCGACAAGAACAAUGUGCUUCACCCCCGGGGCGCAGAGGUCUAUAUCCGCGGCGAGCCGUACAGACUCCCGCCACUUGUCCGGCUGGAUGUGAAUCCCGAGUUGUGCGAGCCGAAGCUCGCCCCAGGAGCGCAGGUCUACUGUUUGCGGCUUGGCAAGGCGGUUUCAAGUAGGGGCCGGGACCAUGACAUUUCCCUUUGUCUUCGAGUGGUGGAUGAGGAGGAUGGAGAGCCGAUAUUUGAGAGGAUCGGCCUGGCGCACCAUGAUCAUAUCCUGGAUCCGAUGGACCCAACAUCGAUUUAUAGUGUCAAGAUCGUGUAG